UAAUGAACAGAGAGACGUCAGAGAAGAUGAUGAGCUGAAGACUGAAGAAACACACUGAACACAAUAUCAACAUGUCCAACAGAGACAGCACAGAUGUUUGCAGUCCUGUUCGCAGGAGAAAAUGGAGCAUAGAGAAACCUCCUGAAAUGUGUGAUUUGAGGAUUGUUCUGCUGGGGACGAAUGCUUCAGGAAACAGUCGAGUAGGAAACUUCCUGUUAGGAAGAGCAGCGUUUGAGACUGAAGAACCUCCAGAUGUUGUACAGAGAGUUGGAGGAAAACACAUGACAGUCAUCAACACUCCAAACAUCUCACUCCAUCACAUGACACAGAGAGUGAGAGAGUGUGUGUCUCUGUCUGCUCCAGGACCUCAUGUGAUCCUUCUGGUACUGAAACAUGAUCAGUGUUCAAGAGAAGAGAAAGAGUGUGUGGAGAUGCUGCUCAACUCUUUCUCUCACACUGUUUAUCAACACACCAUGAUGAUCACCACACACGAGUCACACACUCAAGUCAAUGACAUUAUACAGGAAAUCAUUCACAAAUGCAACGACAGACACUUCAGACUGGAGAGAAACAGCACUUCUGCUCAACUGAUGGAGAAAUGUGAAGAGAUUGUACACAGUAAUGGAGGACGACAUCUGAUCUGCACUGAAUGUGAGAGUGUGAAGCUGAAUGUGGUUGUGUGUGGCAGUGACAGACGAUUAAAAGCCUCCAUAUCAAAUCUGAUCCUGAAUGAGAGCGACAGAAGAUCAGAGUCCAGUUCAGAGUGUGUGAGGAUUGAAGGAGAGGUGUCUGGACGUCUGAUCACUCUGGUGGAGCUUCCAGCACUUUCUCAGCUCUCAGAAGAGGAAGUGAUGCGUCAAUCUCUCCACUGUGUGUCUCUCUGUCAUCCUGGAGUUCAUGUUUUCCUCCUCAUUAUUCCUGAUGCUCCAAUCACUGAUGAAGACAAAGCAGAAAUGGAGAAGAUCCAGAGAAUAUUCAGCUCAAGAAUCAACAAACACAUCAUGGUCCUCAUAAUGAAGAAUUCAGAACACACAACAGCAGAACUCAAUGAAGAAACAAAGUCUGUCAUUGAAAGUUAUGCAGGACGACAUCAUUUCUGUGGCCCCAACACACAAGUGUCCAUGUCGAUGGAGAAACUGGAGCAGAUGGUGAAAGCCAAUAAUGGAGACUGUUUCUCCACAGAGGAAUUUUGGGUUGCACAGAUGAAAAAACUGCUGAAAUAUGAGAUGAGGAAAAUCCACUCACUAGAGACGCCGUUUCAAUCAGAUUCAAGAGACGACACAAAGGAUAUGAGGAUUGUGCUGCUGGGAAAAACUGGAAUUGGAAAGAGUGCGACAGGAAACACCAUCUUAGGAAGAGAAGCAUUUAAAUCAGAAGCAUCUUUUGAAUCAGUGACCAGUGAAUGUCAGAGUGAAACAGCAGAAAUCAACGGCAGACACAUCACUGUAAUUGACACUCCAGGACUGUUUGAUACUGAACUCAGUAAAGAGAUCCAGAGAGAAAUCACUAACUGCAUCUCAAUGAUACUGCCAGGACCUCAUGUGUUUCUCUUAGUGAUUCCACUGGGACGUUUCACUCAAGAGGAGGCAAAAACGGUAAAGUCCAUUCAAGAGACGUUUGGUGAAAACUCUUUAAAGUACACCAUAGUGCUCUUCACCAGAGGAGAUGAUCUGAAGGAUAAAACCAUUGAAGAGUGUUUGAAAAAUGCUGGAUUUGUGAUUAGAAACCUGAUUGAACAAUGUGGAAACAGAUUCCAUGUGUUCAAUAAUAAUGAGACUAGAGAUCGCACACAGGUUUCUGAUCUACUGGAGAAAAUAGACGUCAUGGUGACAGAAAACGGAGGCAGUUACUACUCAUGUAAGAUGUUCAGACAGAUGGAGAGAGAUCAACAAGAAAAACAAAUGAACAUCUUGACCAAACAUGAAGAAGAGAAAGAGAGAAUGAUGAAGAUGAUGGAGGAAGAGAGACAAAAUCAAGACAAAGAGAAGAAGAAGAGAGAAGAUGAAUUUAAUGAGAGAGAAGUUCGAUAUAAAACAGAAAUAAAAGAGAAAGAAGAGCGUGAGUGAAAGAUGAGAGAGCUGAGAAGAGAUCGAGAGGAAUGGGAGAAACAGGAUGAGAAAAUGAGAAAGAAAGAACAGGAAAUAUGGAAUGAAUAUGAUAACCUUGAGAGAGAGAAAAUAGAAAGAGAGAGAAGGUCUUCAGAAAAAGAUGGAGGAAGAAAGACAGAAUUAUGACAGAAAUGAAGAGAAACAAAAAACACAUAAAGAAGCAAUUUGAGGAUGCACCUGGAGAAGUCAUUUCAACAAAAAGAUCUUUGAACAACUUGAGGAGUUUGCUGUUGUUCAGGAAAAUGUGGUCCAACUUAUUAACGAUUUUUAAAAGUAAUUGGAGCCUCUGCAGGAAAUCACCCUGAAGUCCAAUCUUCUGUCCACCCUUGACUACGUUGAUCUGAUUAUUGAGUCUGAGAAACAACAAGCCAAACCUGGAUUUCAAGAUUGUAUCAAGUCUUUAAUGGAAGAAGGCAGAGAUCAUCAUAGGAGAAAUGCUUCCAGAUAAUUGGAGAACUUACAAACUCCAGAUAGAAAGUCGUGUACAAUAAUUAAUAUAAGAAUUGUAACUAAAUUAGGGGAAAAUAAUUAAGAAGAAAAGUCCUACUUUUAGAAUAUAAGAAGCCUUUAUUUUGGUCACAUGUUAUACAUAAAUUCUUUGCAUAUAUACAGUGAAAUUCUAAAGCUAAGCUGGGGUCAGAGAGCAGGGUCAGCCAUGAUACGGUGCCCCUGGAGCAGAUAGGGUCAAGGGCUUGAACGCCCGACCUUCUGUUCAGUAACCCAGAGCCUUAAAUACUGCCCAUCUUUUACUUACAUGUCAGUUAUUUUAUAUAUUUUACCCUUAUCAAUAAUUACCUAUCGACUUUUGUCCAAUAUGGCAUCAGAUUCCUGUCUCUUUACAUGACUAAUUUUACUGCUAUCUUGGGAAUGGACUUCUUUUUUAACAUUUUUACAUGUAGGUCAUAUUUCUAUGGUAGAUACUUUUCUUAUAUUUUCAGUUGAUAGAAGAAUAAAUCAUGAUUAUAAAAUUAUUUAAAAAUACAGAUUGAUUCUGAAUUGAAAAUAUAUGAAGAGAAAAAAAUUAUUUAAAUAUUGUUAUAAAUCUUAAUACUGUUGUCUUGCUUCUAAUGGUCAUGGUGGAAACAAAGCUUUUUGAAACUACAAAUCAAUUGAUUGAACCAUUUAUAUUUUGCAAAAUGAUUCCGUGUUUCAAAGUGUUUCAUCUGUUGGUCAAAACAGUGUAAAUGCAACAAGAAUGCUGGAAAAAAAUGAGAGUUUACAUGCACACCAAUAUGUUUAUUAAUCCCAAAAAUCAUCUAUUUUAAGAAAUCUUGCAAAGCAAAGAAUUCAACAUGACAUUUGAAAUAAUCCUGUUAAUUUCUGCUUUUGACAUCAAAUUGUGAAGAGUCAUGUUCACGACACGUGUACACAUUUUAUAAACACAUAAGAAUGCAGAUUAAGGUGUUUACAUGCCAUGCGAAAUCACCGUAAUGGGCAAAAUCUACAUGUAUUGACUGGUGAAAGGAAAACCGUUUAUUGCAUUAAUGUAGUAGGUCCCACCCAAUCCACUCCUAGCGGGCUUAGAACCUGCGUCAUGGAAAUCAGGCAUGCUAACAAGGAGGCUAAAGGCUACAGCCUCUAGAGUCUGUCACUAGCGCACCUGACUCCCAUGCCAGCGAUGCAGGUUCAAAGCCCGCUCAAAGCAAAUGACUUUGUACAAACCAAUUGCAAAUGUUUUAGUGAAAGUGUAAUCUGUUUAAUGUA